AUGUCACUGGAACAACACUCGUUACAUGUUUGUAAAUUUGUAAAUAUUCGCUUAAAGAAGAACAAUGUAUUCGCUUGUAAAUUUCCUAGACACUGGUUAAUCUUUUUGCUCUUAAGCACGAUCAUCUUUCUGAUUAUUGUCAAUUUCGUUAUUCCUUAUAAUUCAGUUUACAAGGACCUAAGCUAUAGCAAUAAGAUUAGACCUGUCGUUAAAAGCAGCCAGCUUUCCGUUGAAGAAAAACCAAAUCUAGUCAAAGAACCCAUUGAUAAUGGUACCCCCCUGUAUGAUAAGUGCGAAGUCAUUCAUGUUGGGUUUGUGUGUUCGGGGUACAAAUCGAAUUUAUAUUUACACACCUUAUUGAAGUCACUGAAUUUUUAUAAGGUCAAUCCUAUUCAUUUUCAUAUUAUGGUAAACAAAGUCUCUGAGAAGGUAUUAAAAACGUUGUUUGACACCUGGAACAUACCACAAACGAACACGACAUUCUAUGAUAUUAACGACUUCGUUCAGGACGUGCGAUGGGUGCCUAAUAGUCACUACUCGGGGAUUUUUGGCUUGUUAAAACUAGUAUUCCCAAAAAUAAUUCCCUUGAACGUUACCAAGAAAAUCAUCGUCCUUGACACUGAUCUUACUUUUGUUGGUGAUAUUUUGGAACUGUGGAGAUUAUUUGAGAAAUUUAAAAAUAAGCAAGCUGUAGGGAUUGUAGAGAACCAAAGCGACUACUAUUUAGGGAAAAACUCCAAGAAUAAACCUUGGCCUGCCAGUGGAAGGGGGUACAACUCCGGCGUCCUCCUCUACCACUUGGAAAAGCUCAAAAGACUCGACUGGCCUACCCUGUGGCCUAACGUUGCCAAAAAAGUAGCUCUGAUCUACGGAUCGACGCGACUAGGAGACCAAGAUAUCAUAAACGCCGUGUUGCUGCAACACACCGAACUCCUCUAUCAAGUGCCUUGUUAUUGGAAUACGCAACUAAGCGAUCACGCUUUAAGUUACAACUGUUACAAUAAGUUUAAGAUUAAAGUCGUGCACUGGAACUCGCCAAAGAAAAUCCACGUCGUUAAUAAAGACGGGGACUAUUUCAGAAGCCUUUUCACGACUUUCUUGGAAUACAACGGCGAUUUGUUGCGACGACAGUUGUAUUUCUGUGGCAACUCGGACCGCACCGUAGAGGAACCCGUGAUCGACGUCUGCUCCGAGUUUCACCGAGCGAAAACUAGUCAAUGGAGGACGUUGUUGUUUUUUAGAGAGUAUCAACAUUCCGUGGAUGACAGCGAACGGUAUGACGUCACUUUCGUUGCUCAGCUGUCGUACGAUAGGUUGCAGAUGGUGGAAGAACUGGUGAAGUAUUGGCAAGGACCGAUUAGUCUCACGUUCUAUGUCACGGAUCCAGAAUUUCAACAAUGUUACUAUUUUAUUGACAAUUCGGACCUCCUUCAAGAUAGAAAUAAUAUCGCUUAUCAUGCAGUAUUCAAAGACGGGGAAUAUUAUCCAAUCAACAUUUUACGCAACGUCGGUCUGCGAAACGUGGACACCCCGUAUGUAUUCCUCGCCGACAUCGAUUUCCUACCAAUGAAAGGGUUGUACUCAGUUAUUAAAAGCCACCUAGCUUCUACCCAAAACAUGAAAGCCAAAGCGUUCAUAGUUCCUGCUUUUGAAACCCAGAGAUACCGCAGCAGAAUACCAAAAAAUAAAGCCCAACUCUUGGGAAUGUGGGAAAAAAAGUCCCUCUUCCCGUUCCGAUCUGACGUAUGGGCGGCCGGACAUGCGCCGACGAAUUAUACCAAAUGGAAAACCGCAGCCGCCCCAUAUAAAGUCAAGUGGGAGCCCGACUUUGAACCGUAUGUUGUAGUCAGUAGCGGCGUAAUUGAAUAUGACAACAGAUUUAUGGGAUUCGGGUGGAAUAAAGUGUCGCAUAUUAUGGAAUUGGAAGCGCAAGGUUACGAGUGGGUUGUUUUGCCCAAUGCAUUUAUUAUUCAUAAGCCGCAUGCGCCAAGUUACGAUAUAAAUAAAUUUAGGUCGUCUCCAGUCUAUAGAAUGUGUCUGCAGAAUCUUAAGGAAGAGUUUAUCCAUGAUCUGGAUAAGAAGUAUGGGAGAUUAUUUGAUAAUAAAAAUACGUCUAGUUUCAUUUUGAAUAUAAAGUGAUAUUGGAGUUGAUUGUUUCAUAUUUCUGUGGUGGUAGUUUUCUGAAUGUUCUUUUAGCACUUUCACUUUUUCUGUCCUACACUAGGGCGAGUCGACGAGACGAAAACUCGGAAUGUUUAGUAGUAGCGAAACCUGUACAUCUUGUUAUAUGAUUAUUUUUUAUAUCUAUUCGCGAACAAACGUUUUGACUGACUCGUCAUGUCUUGCGUUAGUAAAUGAGAGUUAACAGCAUUUUUCACAAUUGUAGUGUUUUUGUUUUUUUUAUCAACAUUUUCGACUUGUAUAUUCUUAUCUAGUCUUGAGCAGUUUUAUUGAAAACUAUGUAUGUGUUUACAUUUCACUUUUGGUACGCUUUAUGUUUUUUUUACAUUGAAUCUUAAAAAUACCUCUUCCAUUAUGUAUAAAACUGCAAUAUUGUCUGUUAAAAAUAUACUA